UAUGCUCCUUCGACGGUGUGGGUGUCCCGUCCGCCACCUCGGAGAGCCAAUCCCUUCACAAGGAUCACCUUUAUUUUAUUUUCUGGCAGCCGGAGGCAGAAACGAGAAAGCGACAGAUGGAGAGGAGCGCGCGCCUGCAACUUUCCAAGGGGAUAAGCAGAAGAGCCAGGGGUGGGAGACGACAAGCAGUGACUUAUAACUGAUGGGAGUGGAUGCGAGCCUCAGGUCAUGCAGUUCCUCGCUCCUUCUCGUCUUCCACCCCCCAACAACCUCUUUCCUCCCUUGCAAAGGAACAGAGAGGCGGCGGAGAGGGGUGGGACCAGGAGCGCGCGGCGCAGAAAGAGGAGGAGCCGGGGCUCCUUGGCUAGGAGGUGGAAAGUGAAAAAGGGGGCUGAUUCCACCAGCCGCACACAAGCGAAGCCGGUCUCGCCUGUGCAGCCAGCAGCCCGAGCCGAGAUCGACCAGCAGCGCGAUUUCUCUCUCCUCCAAAACUUUUUCUUGGGCGACGUCUCCAAGUCCCUCUGCGCGCCGCUCCAAAGUCGCCUUCCUUCCCGAUGUAGAGAAGAGGAGCGCCCACCCCUUGUACCAGCCAGUUCCCUCCGAUUUCCACAACCCCCCCUACCUCAACCCGGACUUUUGCAAGAGGGGUCGACCUGGUCCCCGAGGGAGAGAAGGGGGCGGACCCCGGAGCAGUCCCUCCGCCGCGCGGGGUCAGGAAGGAGAGCUCUCUCGGCGGCGCGAGGGUCUUGCCCCGGAGGGGGGCGCCGCCGCGGACGUCUCCGCCGUCGGGCUGCUCCUCGGCGAGGGCGAUGGUGGCGCUGCUGCUGCCGCCGCCCGCCUUGCUGGCCGCCCUGGGCGGGCUGUUGGCGAGCUGGGCGCCGCCGCCGGCCGCGGGCGCGUCCUGCGAGCCGGUGCGCAUCCCGCUGUGCAAGUCGUUGCCCUGGAACAUGACCAAGAUGCCCAACCACCUGCACCACAGCACGCAGGCCAACGCCAUCCUGGCCAUGGAGCAGUUCGAGGGCUUACUGGGCAUCCACUGCAGCGCCGACCUGCUCUUCUUCCUGUGCGCCAUGUACGCGCCCAUCUGCACCAUCGACUUCCAGCACGAGCCCAUCAAGCCCUGCAAAUCCGUGUGCGAGAGGGCCCGCGCCGGCUGCGAGCCCGUACUCGUCAAGUACGGCCACGCGUGGCCCGAGAGCCUGGCCUGCGAAGAACUGCCCGUCUACGACCGAGGCGUCUGCAUCUCCCCGGAGGCCAUCGUCACGGCCGAGGGAUCCGAUUUCCCUAUGGAGUCUAAUAAUGGCAACUGUAGAGGCACCGGCAAUGAGCGCUGCAAAUGCAAGCCAAUAAAAGCAACCCAGAAGACUUAUCUUCGGAACAAUUACAACUACGUCAUUCGAGCUAAAGUGAAGGAGGUGAAGACCAAAUGUCACGAUGUCACUGCAGUAGUGGAAGUGAAGGAGAUACUAAAAUCUUCCUUGGUGAACAUUCCUAGGGACACUGUAAACCUGUACACAAACUCUGGCUGCCUCUGCCCACCUCUCAAUGCUAACGAAGAAUACAUCAUCAUGGGUUACGAAGACGAAGAGCGCUCGAGGUUGCUCUUGGUAGAAGGCUCCAUAGCUGAGAAAUGGAAGGAUCGACUUGGUAAAAAAGUCAAGCGCUGGGAUCAGAAACUCCGCCAUCCUGGGAAGGGCAGAAACGAACCUGGACAAAGCGAUUCUGCUCAAAAAUCCAGCAGAAGCACCAACCCGCGGCAAAGGCACAACUAGAUGCAAAAAUGUCACGUGUCAGGAAAAAAUAAUAACAGUCCAUGGACUUCUAUAAAUUAAAAGACUUGCCUUGUUGGAGCAGCAAAGAAGAAAUUGCACUAUUGCACGUUGUAUUCUAUUGUUUACUAUGAGAUCAUGUUGUAGUCCAGAUUAGUUUUUAUCUUCUUCUUGUGUUUUCUGGCCCCUUGUAUUUGUAGGAGUAUAGACACACAGAAUUUUUUAUUUUAUUUUUUGGUAUAUUAUCCUCACAAAUGUCUGUGGACCAUUUC